CAUACUAUUGACGCAAACCCCCCAACCAAGAAUACAUCUUAGACUGCUCACACGAUACCUUACAUUAAUGUGUCUUUGUUCGCCUGCAAUGACUCGAUAGUCUACGUAUUAUAUUUCACCAUGGCUUCCGAGUUCAUCGGCUACACCAUUCUGGUCACGCUCCAAAGUUGGUGCAGUCCACCGAAUGCCCAGUUACAAGGAGUUGUCGCAGACGUUAGAAAUCAAAAACUCUUUCUCCAAAAUGUCUUGUGCCUUUGGAACGGACAACAUCUCCCUUCACACGUAAUCGAAUCCUCCACGAUUGCAGAUCUCGAAGUCGCGCCCACACAGCAAUCUGUUGCGGAAGAGAAGGACCAACAUGGGCCUUUUGACCAGUCUCGACCUGCGCAGAAUGCCUUGGCCUCCGACAUACCCCAGAACCAGCAACAUACCGCCGCGGCAUUCAUGGAUCCGGCCAUCAUUAGCUACGCGAAACCACCUACGAAAGAAGCCAGACGCCCUUCAAUACAGCAAGGCCCAGUGUCCCCUAUCAUGAUCGCCGACGGUGUGAUUAGCAAUCACCCUGCGCGACUGCAGACUGGAGUGGCUCAGCGCGGCAGUUCAGUGUCCAGCAUCGCUACUGCGGUCCCUAAGAAGGGUGCAGACAAGAACACACCGGCGAGCGCAACACUUACCGAGCCCUUUGAUGCGUUGAGAUUGGGAAACAAUGUUGGUGCGAACAAGUCGGUGAACACUCUGAACAAUAUACCACAGGUUGCGUCACAGACUCGCCCUGGGAUCAUCGAUAUGAAGGAUGUCAAUAAUGGGCCUUUGAAGAAUCAGAAGAAAGCUGCAAAAGGCAAAGGCUGGCGCCAGACGCCGUUGAUUGAGGAGAUCCCACGGCAGAACAAAAAGAAGGCGCAGAGAGGCCGCAAGCAGGCCGAAGACGUGAACGGCUGGGCUACAGAAGAUGCGACCGACAUUCAAGACAUGCCCGAUUUCGACUUUGAAACGAAUUUGUCCAAAUUUGACAAACGCCGAGUGUUUGACGACAUUAGACAAGCCGACACCACUGCGGAAGCAGAUCGGUUGGUGAGCUUCAAUCGCAAAGCACGUCCGGGUACCAAUGGCGGACGUAAUCUCCAUUGGACCGAAAAUGUUCUCGACACACCCAAUGUCAAGACCGGUGACCGAUGGCAGAGCGAGGCUGGUGAGACCGAAAAUGAAUUGGUGGAAGACCACUAUAGUGGCGGAAAAGGAUCAAAAAGAGCCGGAUCGCGACGCCCUCUUCAAUCCAGAAAAGGCAGUGUGUUACCGGGACACAUUGACCGCACCGAGUCACCGCGACCACUGACUCGAAUGCAGACAUCGUCUCCUAUGAAUGGAUCAGUGUCUGGUAUUCGAGCUUCAUUCAAGUUACCUAACAACAAGCCAUGCCACUGCCUUUCGCCGCUUCAAAUGCUGGAGAUCGAGCAAUUAUGCACAUCCGAAUUGGGUCUGACGGAAGACAUGCUUUCGGAAAAUGCAGGCCGUAGCAUUGCCAUGGCGAUCUUGAACCUUCCCGAAGCGAAGAAUGUUGCGUUUUUGGUGGGCAACCACAAAUCCGGUGCUAGAGCCAUCGCCGCUGCCAGGCAUUUGCGCAACCGAAGACUUCGAGUCACCAUCGUUGUUCUCGGGGGCGAGCGUGAAGAGCUGCUCCUCGAGGUCAUGCGCAAACAACUUGGGAUCUACAAAAAGGGCCAAGGAUACGUGGAACGAUGGGACGAGUAUCAAGCCAAAGUAUCUCAAGGCGGAAUGGUUCCUAACAUUGUUGUGGAUGUGUUACUCGGUGUGCAUGUUACAUUUGAGGAACUCCGUACAGACGAUCAGGCGACGGUGCUGGAAAUGAUCCGAUGGGCAAACCGGACUUCGACGAUACUUUCAGUCGAUGUACCCAGUGGACUAUCUGCUACGACUGGCUUGCUGACGGAAGUCGAUGGGCAACCUUUGGUCAUGGCAAGCAAGCACAUUGUCAGUCUGGGAGCACCGAAGACUGGACUACUCCAUGCCAUGGCGAUGGAAAGCCUUGAGGUCAACUGGCAAGUCUGGGUGGCCGAUAUUGGGAUAUCUGCUGCAGCAUGGCAAAAGCAUGGAUCUAGAAGACAACACGGAGUUGACUUUGGUACGGAAUGGGUGAUUCCUGUCAAGUUUGCGGUGGGUGGUUAGGUUUGAAGAAGAGGUCUGGGUUGAUUUCAAUAUUACUUUUUGCUGCGUUCAAGCGAUAUCAAAAGAUUGUACAUACGAGUAUGUUUUGAGGGAAGAAGAGAAAGGGCGAGAGAGGAUCUGCCAGAGUCAAGAGCUACCACUAAAAGCUUGCAUUAUUACUUGACUUAGCUUAGUUGCUUCUACUGUAUAAAUACAAGAGCUUGAUCUUUGAA